CCGCGAGUCCGCGACUCCGCACCAAGCAAAUCCCCUGCCCCCAAAAUAUUGCUAGGGAUUCGAGGGGAGGAAAAUCCAGGCGCCCAGGCCUGGCAAUCCGUUCGUCGGAGAGGCCAUGAGCUCGGCGCAGGAUCCGUUCUACAUCGUCCGGGAGGAGAUCCAGGAGUCGAUUGAUAAAUUGCAAAGUAACUUCCACCGCUGGGAGCAAACUGCUUCAAACACAGGAGAAUAUGUUCAUCUGACAAAGGAGCUUCUGACCAGCUGUGAAAGCAUCGAGUGGCAGGUAGAUGAGCUGGAAAAGACAAUCUCAGUUGCAUCAAGGGAUCCAUCAUACUAUGGACUUGAUGAAGUUGAACUUUCCAGACGAAGAAACUGGACUGGUUCUGCUCAUAAGCAGGUUGGUACAGUUAAGAGAGCUAUUGAAAAGGGCAAGAGCAAUGUAGCAACUUCAAAAUACCAGGAUACAAGCAGGACCAACCACUAUUCUGCCCAAGAUAAUGAUGACUUUAUCUCUUCAGAAUCAGAUAGGCAGCUUCUACUCAUGAGGCAGCAGGAUGAAGAACUUGACGAGCUCAGUGAAAGUGUUCAAAGGAUUGGUGGCGUAGGACUAACCAUACACGAAGAGCUGUCUGGACAGGAAAGGAUCCUAAACGACUUAAGCUUGGAGAUGGAGACUACUUCCAACAGACUUGAUUUCGUGCAGAAAAGAGUGGCCAUGGUGAUGAAGAAGGCCGGCAUCAAGGGUCAGAUCAUGCUGAUCGUGUUCCUGGUUGUUCUGUUCAUCAUUCUUUUUGUUUUGGUGUUCUUGACAUAGCCAAGUGCACCAGGGUCCUCGAUUUUCUCCCUCCCAUUUGUUGUGCCUCCCUCCCUAGUACGAACAUAAGUAUACGUGCUGGAGCUAUCCUUUAUAAAUCCCGAUUUUAAUGCAUUUUGUUCUGCGUGAGAUCACCGUCAUUGGAACGGUGUUAUGGUAUGUAUGCCCUAGUCGCUCUUGUUCGAAGAACUCUGAAGAUCAAUUCUACGACUAAGACGACUUCAUUUUGAGGUACUGUUCAUCAUCCAAAAUGGAGGCAGCCGAUUCGAUUCCUCUUUCUCCACGUAAAGCAAAAUGAGGAUGGGAGCGGUAUUGUUGGAGUGAUGAACAGUGCUUGGUUUAUAGCGUGUAAAAUGGGGACGGGGAGUGACUGUUGGAGGAGAGGAGAUGAGAUGGAUGCGUGCUAAAAGGCAACCGAUACUAAAUGAAUGUUCACCAACCAAAUGAAUGUUGGAACUUUUGUUUCUUAAUUUAUAAUGCCAAGUGUUCGUCUC